AUGACAGGCUGUUACUUCCCUGUGACCUUCGAUCGGUCCCGCAGUCGCAGGGGUAGCCUCAGAGUCGUCAACAGGGGUGUUGGGUGGAGGUGCGGCGUCGUGGUGUUGGGUAGUUGGGUGAAGGAGUAUUUUGCUCUAUUUGGCUCUUUUGGAGGUUCAUCUAAACAUCGGAGAAGAGAAAGUCAUAAAGGGCCUCCGGUUGUGUGCUUUGGGGAGAUGAUGAUCAAUCUGGUCCCCACAGUAGCAAGAGUGUCCCUUGCAGAUGCAGCCGCCUAUAAGAAAUUCCCUUCUGGAGCCACUGCCAAUGUUGCUGUUGGAAUUUCUAGACUUGGAGGCUCAGCAGCUUUCAUUGGCAAGGUGGGAAAUGAUGAAUUUGGACAUCUGUUAUCUGAUAUUCUGAAACAAAAUGGUGUUGACAAUUCUGGCCUGCUCUUUGAUGAUCAUGCCAGGACAGCGUUGGGAUUUUAUGCUCUUAAGAGUAAUGGAGAAUCUGAAUUCAUGUUUUACCGAAAUCCAAGUUCUGAUGUGCUCCUUCGUCCUGAUGAAAUUGAUAUGAACCUUGCCACGAUAUUUCAUUAUGGUUCAGUAAGUUUGAUUAAGGAGCCUUGUAGGUCAGCUCACCUUGCAGCAAUGAAUGCUGCCAAAGUGUCUGGCUGCAUCCUUUCUUAUGCCGCAAAUUUGGCAUUGCCACUAUGGCCAUCAAAGGAGGCUGCUAGACAGGGCAUUAUGAGUAUCUGGAACUACGCUGACAUCAUUAAGGUAAGUGUGGAUGAAAUUCGACUCUUGACUGAAGGCGAUGAUCCUUAUGAUGACGUAGUGAUCAUGAAGAAGCUGCACCAUUACAAUCUCAAGCUUCUGCUUGUCACCGAAGGAGCACGAGGCUGUAGAGACUACACCAAGGUUCUGAUCCAUAACAAAAUCUUGCAUGAUCUCUAUUCUGCUUAUGUUCACAAGCAUAAUGCUAUAAUAAAUGCUACUGAUAGGAACUUGGAUGAGAAAAGAUUGAGGGAGGCUCUAGAUUUUGCAAAUGCUUGUGCUGCUUUCACAGUGACAGGGAGAGGAGCCAUACCUUCUCUCCCCACAAAGGAUGCUGUUCUCAGAAUUCUGUUCUCUUACUAA